AUGGCCGAGGAGCCCAAACCAGAUGGAACCUCGAAGAAGUCGGUCAAGAAGUCGAAAAGGUCGGUCAGGAAGUCGAUGCGGUCCAAGCGGAAGAAGGUGGCGAAGAAGGACGAGGAACCAGGCACGCCGGAUACUACUGGGUCCACGCCCGAGAGUAAUGAUGGUGAAACUGGCACUACAGCAACAUCGAUAAGUCAAAUGAAGACGGUCAUGGAGGACUUGCGUCCGGACAAAGCUGGAGAGUACACUGAUGAGGUGGGUUUUAUUUUUUGUUCUUUUAGGCUUGGUAAGGAAAAUUUUUGCCAUUUUAUACUUUGUAAAGAAAAUUUUUGCAUUUUUACGUUUUUUAAACAAAUUUCUUGUCGUUUUAUGCUUUGUAAAGAAAGUUCUUGUCGUUUCAUGCUUUGUAAAGAAAGUUAACGCAUCUACUUUCAGUUGUCCGACCUCACGGAUGAUGAAAACGCUGAUGGAAAUCGUAUCACCCAUGGCCGUGGAUUGAUGGGCAGAAUCCAGCCAAUGAUGUACAACAAGAGGAUCCGCCACUUUGUCAUUACCAACAUCACUUUGAUCAUCUUGAACAUCUUCUUGAUGUUCACCUUCUUCGCUGGGGUCGUUUAUGCCAUUUAUCUUCAUGGAAACGUAGGUUUAUAUUUUUUUUUGGGUCAAAUUUUGAUUUUAAAAUUUAAAUUUGAAAACAAUUUUUAAAGUUUAAACUUUUCAUUUUCAAUCUAAAAUGAUCUUUUUUGUAUUGUCAUUUCAGGUAGUUCAUCGAAGUCAAUUCAACAAACCAUGUGUCUACGAAUGGGGUGAAUGGAGUAAGUGUUCAGCUUCUUGUCGUCCACAAGGCCAAGAUUACCCGGUCAAAACUCGACGGAUCAACCCGAAUAAGAUUGUUAGAGCACGAGGCAUCUUCGCCGACAUUGCACCAUGUCCACUCAAUUUGGAUAACAAAGUGGUGGGCUUUGAUAGUUGAUAUUAUAGUAGGGCAGAAUAAAGUAUCGUAGGGUGUGUAGGGGAGAAGUUUUAAGAGUAAGAAAUAAUUUUUUAUUUUUUAGAAAUGAAUUUAAAAUAAUAUUUUUAGGACUUUGCUCCAUGCAACACCCACUAUUGUCCACUCCCACUCUCCUCGUAUAAGUUCCAAAAGAGAUGUAACAGAAGAAAUGUCAACCAACCGGACGCUGGAUGCUACAGAAUUCGGGACAUUCCGUUGAGUGAUUCUUUGGUAUGCUAAUUUGAUAUUUCGAUAAAAAAACAAGAUUUUGAAUUUUUUGAGCUUUGCACGGUGCAAUUUAGUAUUUGAAAGUUUGCACCGUGCAGUGCCAUUUUGAUGUUUUCAAGUAUUUAUACCUAAAUUCAUGGCUACAUAUUGUUUGUAUGAGUAGUAAUAGACAGUAAAUUUGGUUUUUAAAUAUUUUUAGAUUUUAAUCGACACCCCGGAGCUAGUAAAAGAAGAAAAUUGCACUUGUCAGAACUCAACUGUAAUGGAGAGAAGUUUAACAAGGUAAGUUCACUUUUUGUUUUAUUCUUAGCGACUUUCGGAACAAUAUUUUUCAUUUUUUUAUUUCAGGAUUUAA